AUGGGUUACAGUACUCUUUCUAAUGAUAACGAUAUCAAGGUAUGCGUGAUAAUGGUUGGUUUACCCGCGAGGGGGAAGUCUUUCAUCUCCCAAAAAAUCAUUAGAUACUUGUCUUGGUUAUCCAUAAAGGCCAAGUGUUUUAAUGUGGGUAACUAUAGAAGAGACGUAAGUGGGAAUGUUCCUAUAGAUGCUGAGUUUUUUAAUUUUGAUAAUGCCAAUGGUUUUAAACUCAGAGAAUUGGCCGCCCAAAAUGCUAUGAAAGAUAUUUUGGAUUGGUUUGAAAAAGAAAACGGUUCUGUAGCGGUAUUUGAUGCUACUAAUAGUACACGCGAAAGAAGAAAUUGGCUUAAAGACGUGUGUGAAAAAAAUGCGAUCCAACCAAUGUUUUUGGAGAGCUGGUGCAAUGAUUAUGAAUCUAUUGUAAGUAAUGCCAAGGAUAUCGGCAGCACUUCACCAGACUAUGAGGAUUUUGAACCUUGCGUAGCGGAAGCUGAUUUCUUAAACCGGAUUGCACAAUACGAAAGAUUUUAUGAGCCAUUAGACGCGCAGACAGACAGAGACAUGACGUUUGUCAAACUGGUCAAUAUUGUCGAGGAAGUAAUAAUAAAUAAGAUCAGAACUUAUUUGGAAAGUAGGAUUGUAUUCUAUGUUAUGAAUAUUCGUCCUAAACCAAAAUGUAUCUGGUUAUCCAGACAUGGUGAAUCCAUUUAUAACGUAGAGAAAAAGAUUGGUGGGGACUCAUCAUUAUCUGAAAGGGGCUUUCAAUAUGCCAAAAAGUUAAGGCAUUUGGUGAAGGAGAGUGCAGGGGAUGUGAAGUUGACAGCAUGGACGUCUACUCUGAAGAGAACACAGCAAACGGCCAAGUACCUCCCUUACAAGAAAUUGCAAUGGAAAGCUUUGGACGAACUAGAUGCUGGUGUCUGUGAUGGUAUGACUUACGAAGAGAUUGAGAAAAAAUAUCCUGAAGACUUCAAAGCUCGUGACAAUGACAAGUACGAGUAUAGGUACCGAGGCGGAGAAUCAUACAGAGAUGUUGUGAUUCGUUUAGAGCCCGUCAUUAUGGAACUUGAACGUCAAGAGAAUGUGCUAAUUAUAACCCAUCAAGCUGUGCUUCGGUGCAUAUAUGCAUACUUUAUGAACGUCCCACAAGAGGAAUCUCCUUGGAUGUCAAUCCCACUACAUACUUUGAUCAAAUUGGAGCCUAGGGCUUAUGGUACAAAGGUCACCAAAAUCAAUGCAAACAUUCCUGCAGUAAGUACGUAUAAAGAGAAGGGUACAAGUCAAGUGGGUGAACUUUCUCAAAGCUCAACUAAACUUCACCAGCUGCUUAACGAUUCUCCGCUCGAAGACAAAUUUUAA